AACUAUGAACCUCCAGUAUCCGAUCGUGAAAGUUGGUGGCGUACUACAAUCAAAAAUACACCAAUUCCUGGUACAUACAAUACACAUUUGAACACAUUUAUCAAAGAAAUAGUAGCUCGUCCAAUGACAUAUGGUUUUAAAAGUGAUGGACGACGACGUGAUCCACAACCAUUAGAACCUAAAGGUAAAGAAUUAUUACCUGGUGCAUAUGCAGUGGAAGACUUUGUAGAACGAAUGAAUCAACUUCGACUUUCAUAUGGUUUCAAAGGUCCUGAACGAGAAGGUCUUUUAAAAAAAACAAUGUCAGUUAAUCAAGAUAAGGAUAUUGAUGUACCACCAGGACUUUACGAAACACAAAAAUAUCAUACAAUUGAUGUUUCUAUUGAAUCAGCCAGACAUAGUUUUUUUAAGUCAAAAACUACACGAAGACUAUUCCUUCCAAAAAUCGGUCCAGCACCUAGUGAUUAUGAACCUAAAACUAAUGUGAUCAACGUACAUAGUCCAACAAUAACAUCCUCAUUUAGAAGUCGUACUGAUCGAUUUCACAGAAAAUUAGCAAAAGUACCUGGUCCAGGAACUUAUGAUAAACUGACGAUUUUUCCAACACCGAAACAGAUCAAUACAUUAUCAAUGCGUGGAGUCUUUUUUAAUGCGAACUAUGCAGAUAAAGCUUCAACUAUUGCCUAA